UUAAGGUUUCGCGUGGACGAUCGGAUACCUUCAACGAUGAAUGCCACCUUUCCUCGUUGAUGAACAUCGCAAAUGUAGCAAAAACGGAUGAGGAAUGAGCGAGAGAGAGAGAGCGAGAGAAAGAGAGAGCGAGAGAGAGAGAAAGACGUGCGAACGAACGAAGCGAGAGAGUAUAGUGCGAGAGAAAGAGCGCGAGAGGGGAGGGGUGUUCGGAGGUAGGGGGUGCUGUGUGGGACAGAGAAGAGAUGAUAAAAAGGCGGUGAGGAACGGCGAGUGUGUGAAACGAAGAACAAAAUUGUUCGCGCGCGGGAAUCAGCAGCGGUGUGUUUAAUCCUUUUGUGCUUGUGAUUUGCACGAAAAGGUCGUGAUUACCAGUGCGGAACGUGUGUUUUAUACCGCCGAAUUGAGAAUCUGCGUAUGAGAGUCAUUGAUAUAAAGUGUAUGAAAGGAAGAAAAUUUGUAGUACGGAAUGGCAACUUUGGCAGAGCAAGCAUCCAAGUUAUUGGACUUUAACCAGAAGUUAGAUAUAACGCUUCUUGAUAAUAUAGUGGGAUGUAUGUACACUGGAAUAGGGGAGCAACAAAGGGUUGCCCAGGAGGUAUUAACUACCCUUAAGGAACAUCCAAACGCGUGGACUCGCGUAGAUACCAUUCUAGAGUAUUCUCAGAAUCAGCAAACAAAAUAUUAUGCCUUACAAAUCUUGGAGCAAGUUAUUAAGACACGGUGGAAAGUACUACCUAGAAAUCAAUGUGAGGGUAUAAAGAAAUAUAUUGUAGGCCUCAUUAUAAAAACGAGUAGUGAUCCAGAAACAAUGGAUACUUCUAAAGUUUACCUCAACAAAUUGAAUAUGAUCUUAGUGCAGGUAUUGAAACGAGAAUGGCCAAAGAAUUGGGAAUCUUUCAUUAGUGACAUUGUUGGAGCAAGUAAAACAAAUGAAAGCCUCUGUCAAAAUAAUAUGGCAAUUCUCAAACUUCUCUCAGAAGAAGUAUUUGACUUUUCUAGUGGUCAAAUGACACAAACAAAAGCUAAACAUUUGAAGGAUACAAUGUGUAGUGAAUUUUCACAAAUUUUUCAACUUUGUCAGUUUGUAAUGGAUAAUUCACAGAAUGUACCAUUAGUAGCAGUUACUUUGGAAACGUUAUUAAGGUUUUUGAAUUGGAUACCACUUGGAUAUAUUUUUGAAACUAAACUGAUAACUACUCUAAUAUUUAAGUUUCUAAAUGUACCAAUAUUUAGAAAUAUUACACUUAACUGUCUCACAGAAAUUGCUGCUGUUACAGUAACGAGUUAUGACGACAUGUUUGUUGCAUUAUUCAUAAAUACGAUGCAACAAUUAGAACAAAUGCUUCCACUCGAAACAAAUAUAAGAGAAGCAUAUGCAGUUGGACAAAAUCAAGAACAAAAUUUUAUACAAAAUUUGGCAAUGUUUCUUUGCACUUUUUUAAAAGAGCAUGGUCAAUUAAUAGAAAAGAAGCAAUUAAAUGAAACAUUAUUGAAAGCCUUGCAUUAUCUUGUGUUAAUCUCAGAGGUUGAAGAAGUUGAAAUAUUCAAAAUUUGUUUAGAGUACUGGAAUGGUUUAUUAGCUGAUUUAUAUAAAGAUCAUCCGUUUGUGGCACCUUCACCUUUGUUUAUGUCGAAGAGUAUGACAAUCUCACACAGAAGAGUCUUCUACUGUCCAGUUUUGACUAAAGUCAGAUAUAUAAUGAUUAGUAGAAUGGCUAAACCUGAAGAAGUUUUGGUGGUUGAAAAUGAACAUGGAGAAGUUGUACGAGAAUUUAUGAAGGAUACUGAUUCUAUUAAUUUGUAUAAAAAUAUGAGAGAAACUCUUGUAUAUCUUACUCAUUUGGACUAUGUGGAUACUGAACGUGUUAUGACCGAAAAACUUCAGAAUCAAGUUAAUGGUUCGGAAUGGUCUUGGAAGAAUCUCAACACGCUAUGCUGGGCAAUAGGUAGUAUUUCUGGUGCAAUGCAUGAAGAAGAUGAAAAAAGAUUUUUAGUAACUGUAAUUAAAGAUUUACUUGGAUUAUGUGAACAAAAAAAGGGUAAAGAUAACAAAGCUAUAAUUGCCAGUAAUAUCAUGUACGUUGUUGGACAAUAUCCAAGAUUUCUUAGAGCUCAUUGGAAAUUUUUGAAAACUGUUGUGAAUAAACUCUUUGAAUUUAUGCAUGAGACCCACGAUGGAGUACAGGAUAUGGCCUGUGAUACAUUCAUUAAGAUAGCUUUAAAAUGCAGGCGACAUUUUGUUACAACACAGGUUGGUGAAGCAUUGCCAUUUAUUGAAGAAAUUCUUUCAACAAUUAGUAGCAUCAUUUGUGAUCUUCAGACACAGCAGGUACAUACAUUUUAUGAAGCUGUUGGUUAUAUGAUAAGUGCUCAGACAGAUACAUUAGUUCAGGAACAACUAAUAGAAAAAUAUAUGCAUUUGCCCAACCAAGUUUGGGAUGAUAUUAUAUGCCAGGCUUCAAAAAAUGUUGAUGUGUUGAAAGAUUCUGAAGCAGUUAAGCAACUUGCUAGUAUUUUGAAGACAAAUGUUAGAGCUUGUAAAGCUCUAGGGCAUCCAUAUGUGAUACAAUUAGGAAGAAUAUAUCUGGAUAUGUUGAAUGUUUAUAAGGUUAUGAGUGAGAAUAUAAGUGCUGCAAUAGCUUUGAAUGGAGAGACAGUGAUGAAACAACCUUUAAUCAAGAGUAUGAGAGUAGUAAAAAAAGAAACAUUGAAACUAAUUUCAGAUUGGGUUAGCAAAUCUAUUGAUCCACAAAUGGUAUUAGAAAAUUUUAUACCACCGUUACUGGAUGCAGUAUUACUGGAUUAUCAAAAGACAAAUGUUCAUUGUGCUAGAGAACCAGAGGUACUUAGUGCUAUGGCUACUAUAGUAAAUAAAUUGGAAGCUCAUAUCACUAGUGAGGUACCUAAAAUAUUUGAUGCCGUGUUUGAAUGCACUUUAGAGAUGAUUAAUAAAGACUUUGAAGAAUUUCCCGAACACAGAACAAAUUUCUUCCUCUUACUACAGGCAGUGAAUAAUCAUUGCUUCCCCGCAUUUUUAUCGAUUCCACCAGCACAGUUCAAACUGGUGCUUGAUUCUAUUAUUUGGGCUUUUAAGCAUACAAUGAGGAAUGUAGCAGAUACAGGAUUGCAGAUCUUGUUUCAGCUUUUACGAAAUAUCGAGCAGCAUGAACAAGCUGCACAAAGCUUUUAUCAGACAUAUUUUACGGAUAUUCUUCAACAUGUAUUUAGUGUAGUAACAGAUACAUCGCAUACCGCAGGCCUUACAAUGCACGCUACUAUUUUGGCAUACAUGUUUACAUUAGUUGAGUUGGGAAGAAUACAGGUACCACUUGGACCUGUGCCUGAUAAUACAUUGUACGUUCAAGAAUUUGUAGCGAGGUUACUCAGGACUGCUUUUCAACAUUUGACUGAUAAUCAGAUUAAAAUAACAGUGCAAGGUUUGUUUAAUCUUGAUCAAGACAUCCCAGCAUUCAAAGAGCAUUUGAGAGAUUUUCUUGUACAGAUAAGAGAAUACACUGGCGAAGAUGAUUCUGAUCUUUAUUUGGAAGAAAGAGAAACAGCUUUACGAUUGGCUCAGGAAGAAAAAAGGCGACAGCAAAUGGCAGUACCGGGUAUUCUGAAUCCACAUGAAAUGCCAGAAGAGAUGCAGGACUGAAUAAACUGUAAUCCUUGCCUGAUAUUUGUGCAAGACCAAACGACAAACACUCUGCUGUAGAAACUAUUAUAUCUGCAACUACUCUCACAACUACCACCACCACCACUACUACCACUAGUACAGCCACCAUCAAAGUGGAUACACAUUACAUAUUUAUUAAAACCAAGUUUAAAAUAUCACACUCUUGUUAAUGAGGUAAGCCCAAAACAUGGUGACUGUUUGUUUGUCUGUUAUAGGAUUUUAAAAGAAAAGGAGUUUCUGUUGUGGAAAAAGUGUGAAUGCCUGCUUAGCGAUGCUAUUUCAUGUAUAAGAAGAGGGUACUUCUCAGAAUAAAUUAUUGACUGAUGUUUGUGUAAGAGAUGACGUUCAUCAACUGCCGAUAAUUAGUGGAUAGAAAGAACAUGGCAGAAUUUUGUAAUGGGAAGUUUGUUGCUAAGAGUGACAGAGUAAACAUUUUUUGUAUUAAUGCAACAGCACCGUACAUGUGACAACAAUGCAUUUAAUAGUGCUAUGUGAUAGUUGCAUCAUCUGGCUCAAUGAACACAGUAUACUAUACGACACUCUUACUUUUACAUAGGAGAAUUGUGAUGUACUGUGCUUUGCGAAAUCGUACUCUUUCUACAUUUUUGGUCGUAUGAGUCUGUUCUAAAAUAGAGAUUGAUAUGUAUGCGGAGUCAUGUGCGAUAAAUUCUGCUUAUACAUUGUCAAAUGAUUUUGUUACAAUAUAGACUCUACACACAGAGAAUUCUUUUUGAUUCAUUAUUAACUUAUGAUCGCGAAAGAAUUAAAAUUACAUCCUUUUAAUUUUAUAACUCAUAAAAUCUUGUCCUAAAAAUAUGAACUCUUUUUUUUUUUAAUUUCAAAUAUUAAUUGAUAAAUAUGAGCUUCUCCAUCACCUGCAGAAACUACGACUUAUAUUUUGCUGAGUUGCUCUCUUAUCCAUUUGCUACUGACUCUAGUAUCUAGUAGAGUAAAACAUUGUCUUUAAUUUUUUCCCUGUAUUUUUUUUAUUAUUUCUUUUUUAUAAAGGCAGCUAAUGUCUAUUGAUUUAUAUGUGCAUAUUCUCUAAAGGAUAUUAGAUUUUAGGUAUGAUACAUAAUUUGAUAAAUACAUAAGGAAGUACAAUUGACAUACACAAAAAAAGGAAAGAAGUAUAUAACUACCCCAAGAUAUUUACAUGUGAUAUACUAUUUCACGUACAUAUAGUAAACACUCGGCCAUCAGAAAAUAACAAAAAAUGCACAGAGCUAUGAUAUCUGCAUGACUUGAUGCAUUUAGGACAAGUACAAGCAAACUUUAAGUACAAUAAAGGAUAAAAAAUGAUUUUGCAUUAAAUAGUAUCGUCGUAGCAGGCUUUUGAGGUAACAUAAAUGUCCUAGAUGAAUGUGUGUUUUUAUCUGCGUGCAGUUGAACUAUAAUGCUAUUAUAGUGCAACAUAGUAAAGUGACGUUGUACUGUAAUAUUAUAAUACUAUUAUGCUGUAUAUAUGAUCCACUGCGGGCCGUGAAGUGGCAUCUUGUAAAUGAAAAUUAAUCACGAAAAUAUUAGCAUUUGUUUAUGCUCACUCUUGCUCAAUUCAUUGUAUAUUUAAAUACUUAAAAAUCGAUGAUUUUAAAGAUAUCCAAGUAAAGCUGUUCCACUUAUUAUUACGUUCCACUUAAUAUUAUAAGUUACAAAAUGGCAACCAUUUUUAAACUAUCGAAGGGUAAUAUUAGCUGGAAGGUGAAGUUUAUAAAGUGUACAAUAUAUGAAUCAAAAUUGAUGAAAUAUUUCUUUAAUAAUUAAUAUGCAACAUAUAAUAUGUAUCUUACUAAAUUACAUUUGUUAAGUUCAUUUAAUAUCGGGGCCAUUAAACAAUAAGUAUUCAAUCUGAUUCAGUUAGUUUCAAUAAUAAGUAGUACUGUACCUAAUAUUCAAUCUUAAUUAAAAUAUGAAUUCUUUAUUCUUUUUUUAUGUUAAGGGAACGUUUAUAGGUAUUUGAAUGCUCGUGACAGACAAAAGUUUUUCUUAAAAGAGAGAGAGAGAGAGAGAGAGAGAGAGAGAGAGAGAGAGCGCGCGAGAGAGAGAAAGAAAGAGAGAAAAGUGGGAUUUUAGAGAGUACAUAUAACAAGCAUUAAUUAGAUUUCCAAAGUAAAUAUAAAUGCAUCAAUUAUCAUUUUCAUUGUGUAAAAUUUAAAUAACAAGAAAGUAUAAAUAUUUUCUAUAAGUACUACACUCUUUUAUAAUGUGAUGUAGGAUUGUAUGAAGUCGGCACUUUUGAUGAAUGUUUCAACGUUCUUAUGCUUUUUAUAUGAUCUAGCACCUUCUAUGUGAUUCUGGUGUGACUGCAUAAUAUUUCAAUGUCUUACAUAAAUUCAGAUGUUAUGUAAAUGAUCUAUUGUAGUUCUAACUUAUCAAUGCUGUAAAUUACAUUAUAUGUCUUGAUUUAGAUACGUUUAAUAGUUCCAAGGUAUACAUGCUUGGUAUUGUCAUAUAAAGUGUGUUGGUGUAUCACUUCAAAUGUUAGCUAAAUGUUAUUUUUUCAUUAAUAAUUGCGAUUAAAAAUAGUUUACUAAAGUAUUCGUAACUUUAAAAAAGAAUAUAUUCUGAUUCUAUACAAUUAUUUCAUUUUAUUAAUUUUAUUUAUUAAUAAAUAAAUACAAUAUAAUAUAAAUAUCAAGUAAUAACUUGUUUUGAUAGGUAUUUAGUAGGUUUAAAUUUUUUAUUUAAAUGGAUUUAGAAUACAGGAAAUUAAAAAUUAUAUAAAAAUAUAAAUCAAUAUUUAUAAAAGAUAUAAUCUUUUACUGAAAUCAUUACAAUGUGAUAAAUUUCUAUCCUAUAGAAAUCUUAGAUUCUAAAUAAUUAUAUAGAAUUUAUAGAGAAAAAGUUGUAUUUUGUUAUCAUUUAAAGUGAUACAUUUCAUGCAAAUUAAUUUUCAAUUCAUUACAGCACACGAGUAUCAAUAGAUUUACAAAUUAGUUUUUCACUAAACACACAGAAAUGUAACAGAGAUAGAUAUGCAGUUUCUUCCAUUUUCUAGAAUAAAAUAUCCAUUUGCAACUUUAUAAUAUCAUUUCAUUUUAUAUUAAAAUACUUAAUAAAUCUAAAAAGGACCUUUUUAUGUCUUUAGUUCUCAAAAAAAAAUAUUUAUUAUUAAUACUGUGUUCUUUUCUGUGGUGGAUGGAAUUGGACUAUAAUAAUUAAAUAAAAUAUAUAAUUAUGAUUUUCAUUUAAACAGAUUACCAUUGACAAUUAGUAUUAUAAAAAUGGAUCGGAAAGAAUCCCUGGGUAGAAUUUUCAGUCUAUCACAUUUGAUAAUGUUUACGAUGUUAAGCUGCUGAUGAUUAUACCGGAAUAGAUCAUCAAACUGGCGUUGAUCUAGCUGUAUUGUAUCAUUACUUUUUAUAAGUUGUAUUUAUUUGCAAUUAACUAAAACCAAAUUGUACAAUUUUUCAAAAUAUUUGUUCUUUAUGCUAUCUGUACUUGUAAAAGUAGAGUUUAUAAAGAUAUAUAUUAUGUAAUAUUACAUAAAUGAAAAACAAUAAUUCAUUUUCAUUAAAAGAAUUUUUUAAAUGUUCGAAUUUACACGUAUAUUAUAAUUGGUGUUGUGUUAAUGUAUAUUUCUUAGUGAUAUUCACUAUUUCUUAAAAUGUUAAUUGUGAUGCAUGAAUUUGAGAAAACUGAUUAUAUAGUUUAUACAAUUUGGUAAAGUUAGAUGUAAAGAAGUAUACAGCAGAUCAAACAAUACAGUUGCAUCAAUGACAAUACAUCAUCACUUUAUAAAGUAUAGAAGUUUUUAGUUUAAGUAUCAAUGACAAAUGUGUAAUGAAGUUAAGGGACAUGGAAUGAUUUUUCUUUGAUGGUAAUUCUCUCUAUAUGUUAUCGAAUACAACUUUACAAAUAUGAAAACGUUGAAACAGCCUAAGAUGUAAGCAUAAAGGAGUACAAUACUGUAUGCUCUUUUGUUAUUCAUAAACUUGCAUUUCAAUAGUGUACACAUUGUAAAAAUGUGUAUUGAAUCCCCUUGAGCUGUAUAAUAAGUACAUAGACUACUUCCUUUAGUGGAUAUGCUAUUUCAAAUGUUUCAGCUUAUUUUUAGAUUAUUGCUCAAAAUAUAAGAUAUACAUUUUUUGUGUACUAGUAUUUUUAAUAUAAAUAUCCAUUUGAUUUAUAUAUUCAUUCUAAAAAGAAGCUGGUUUCAGAAACUUUGCCCUCCAUGUAAGUUUACUUAGCUUGGGGAUGCAUUAGUAAAUAGAUUUUGUAAUAUGUUGAGUUAGCAUUAUUCUAUAAAAUGUCGAGGGUCGUACGUACGAAUAGUCAUGAGAAGCGAGUACAUAAUUAUCGAGUGGUACAUACUGCGUGUGUUGAGAACGAAUGAAUGUAUUAAGUUAAGAAUUCUAUCAGUUAUUCAUGAUAACGAUAAACUAUGUAAAGAGUUUAAUAAUACUUACUAAUAAAAUAAAAAAUACUAUUAUAAAUACA